AUGCAGAGUGCUCCAGAACGCUCUCAGGGCGUUCCAGAGCGCUCUGGAGCGGCUGCGGCGCUGGACACUCCCUCCAGAGCCGACAGCCGACGUCGUGAUUUUCUCCCAGCGUGGCUCCCCAGAGAUCUGGACCUCUUCCCUGGGGACCAGCUCUUCAUCUCGACUCGUGUUUUGGUGGUCCCAUGGCCUGCCGAGGGCCCCCAGAGGCCGAAAACUGUCCAGAGUCCCUCGCGCCGUGAUCUUUUUCUGCUCGCAGCGAGAGGAUGUCAGGGGACCUCGGAGCUCCCCGAUCUGUCCCGGCCCGAUUCGGUCCCGGUCCUGGCUCGGUCCCCUGUGGGGCGCGCCCGCCCCGAGGCGCUGCUGUGCGAGCUGCCGCCCAGCGUCGCCGAGGACGUGGGCCUCGCACUGGAGCAGUGGGGCCGGCUGCGGCAGCGCGUCAAGGCCCUGGAGCCGACGCUGAGGCGCGAGGGCGCGCUGGUGCAGGAGAUACUCGACACAGGGCUGCGCGACGAGAACCGGCGGACUCUGCGGAAGCUUACGCAGAGCAGCGCGGGCGGGGACGUGGAGGAGACGAUACAGCAGGUCGGAAAUGCCAUCGGCACCAACCGAGAGAGGCUGGAGAGGAUCCUAGAGCGUAAUCAUGGGGAGCUAGUUCGGCUGUCCACCACCGCCGUCUCCGACAUGAAGGAGGACGUUCUCAGAGAGGUGGACGAGGCUUACCUCGGGGAAUGUGAGAGGAAAGAGACGUUGCUUGCGCUGACGCUCUCUCUCUAUGGUUUGAGGAGUAUGUUCUUCUCUCUGGCCAGUUGA